CGCAUUUCUGCAGUUGUGGAGCUAUGCUUGCAAGCGGGGGCUGAUCCCAGCAAUCAAAGUAUUUAUUCAACUCCAGAUGUUGAAAAAGGUAUGGUUGACGCCAGUUCAUUGUCGGACGAUGAUAUAAGAUUGUUAGCAAGAGGAACUUUGAACGCAUGGGAAACACUUGGAUCUGGUGUAGGGAAGUUGUUGUUGGUUUAUCCAGUGAAGGUUUGCAAACACUGUGCAGAGGUACAUGUAGGGCCAUCUGGGCACAAAGCUCGCCUUUGUGGGGUGUUCAAGUACGAGAGCUGGCGUGGGACCCAUUUCUGGAAGAAGGCCGAGGUGGAUGAUUUGGUUCCUCCAAAAAUAGUUUGGCAUCGACGACCUCAAGAUCCUCCAGUGCUGGUUGACGAAGGGAGGGGCUAUUACGGUCAUGCUCCUGCUGUAGUGGAUCUUUGCUCAAAGGCUGGGGCAAUUGCACCGUCCAAAUAUUCUUAUAUGAUGAAAGUGGAUGGCUUAUCAGCACCACUAGUUUGAAAGUGGAGUGUUUACUCUGAUUUUCCAUUUGGAUUUGGCUUCUAUACACGUAAUCCGUAUAAAUUUAGAAUAUUACUUAUUCACUCUAUCAUUUCUUAGGAGUUUGAUCAUCUUGAGAUAAUACGGUAGGGAAAAGGUACGGUUUUGUGCAGAAUCAUGGAUGAAUUGGCGAGUCACAUUCCAUAUGGGGUUUAACCUUUUUGAAUUCAUGUGGAAAAUGCUUUUGUGCCAAAACACUUGUGAGGAUGUCAAUGUACCAAGAAAAUAAUGUAAUAAUAACUCUAAAAUCAUUUUAGAGUGUUUCGUGAAGUUUUGCUAUAUUAACUCUAAAAUUCUGAAGUA